AUGCUUCUGCUCCUUCUGCUGCAGCUUGGUGCGUUCUUCAGUGCGCUGCAUGGGGCAGAUGUCGUCUCCACGGUGCGCAUUCGCCUCACCAAUCAAGCACUGCAGUUUUUCAACAAAAUUGGACAUCACAUCGUUGAUUACGAAAUUUGGAAAAUAACAUUUCCCGCAAUAACACUCCCAAUUGAGGGUGGACCAGGUACCGGUGAGGUGAAUGUAACCGAGCUCAACAUACGAGCUUUCGAAUCACCCAAAUUUUCAUUCAAAUUUGCACCACCAAACGGAAUUGCAUGGAAUUCAAGCGGCGGUUCUGCAAAAAUUCUUGGGGACUGGCAUGCUGUUUACAACAUUUACCUAUCAGGUUACGUGAAAGCGAAGGCGAAUGACAUCCGCGUGUAUAUGCAAACCAAUGUGCUAGUUCGUGAUGAGCGACCUCAGAUCGAAGUCACUGACUGCGUGAUGGAUGUGGAUCAUCUUGAUGUGAGUAUCGGCGGCGGAGUCAUACCCUGGAUUGUUAAUUUGUUCCGGGCACAGCUAGCUGUU